AUGGCAAUAGCAAUAAGCUAUCUCAAAUCCAAGACCCCCUUGCUCCUCUCUCUCCCAAAAUCCCUGGAACUCAGACUAUAUAUAUCAAGACAUUUGGGUGCUCACACAACCAGAGAUAUUGGGGAAACAAAGGAGGGGAUGAAGAAGGGUGGAAGAUUUCCUUAUAUUAUAUCAAGUAUGGGAGACCCUCAGUUUCUAUCCAGUCACCCUGGAGCGGAAUCUUACUUCAGAUUUAGUUGCUCCAAGGAAAGUAGGAUAUCAUUUUCGAAUGUAACUGUUCAGCUGAAGGCACUGGCCAUAAUAUGA